AUUUUUUGUUAAUAAUAAAAUAAUACUUAUUUUUAUUUAGCUAUUUUAAUAGAUGAUAAUUAUUUAUUUUGAAAUUAAGUUUUUAAUUUAUUAUUUAAUUUAUUGCAUCAGUUUCUCUACGAGAAAAGUGUUUGAUGAAUGUAUGAACUGUUUUAUUUAAAUAAGAGACAUGCAAUUUAGCAUGAUUAAUCGAAUUUAAAAUUAUUUAUCUCUUUAUAAACAAAUUAUUUUUAUUUGCUAUAUUUCAAAUAAGGAUUUAAGCAUCGUACUAUUCUCCUCGAUAAGAUAAUAAAUUAAUGAAUCAUAAGAAUUCAUUUAAUAGGAUACGUAGUUUAUAAUGUUGGUCAGUUUAAAAAUAGCAGUUGACUGGAGUUGUUAUUAAAUUACUACAAACAUCUAAAGGGGAAAAAUGAUUUCCUUUAAGGACUUUUAUUUGUGUUUAUUUUCAAUAUAUUUAAUUAGUUCAAACAGUGAUGCUUAUAGGAUUCUUGUUAUUGCUCCUCUCAAUUCAAGAAGUCAUAGUAAUAUGUUGGAAGGUGUCGCUAAAGCUUUAGCAAUAAAGGGACAUCAAGUAGACGUUAUUUCCCAUUUCGAAAUGAAAAAUGCACCAAAAAAUUAUACAACAAUUAUAAAUUUGGACGGUUCAAUGAAGAAAAUGGUUAAUACUUGGACAAUGGACAUGGUAGAGCAUUAUCGAGAUAUUGAUGUAGUUCCUACAAUAGUUAAAGAUUUUGGAAGUAAUUUUUGUGAAUUAAUGGGUCUAGAAAAAAUGCAGAGGUUUAUUAAAAAUCCACCACGUGAUCCUCCAUAUGAUUUGGUCAUUACAGAGGCUUUAGGAGGAAAUUGUUUCUUUGGAUUCGGUCACGUUUUGAAAGUUCCGGUUGUCAUGGUAUCAGCUUUAACUCACUUUUUAUGGUUUGAUGAAAUACUUGGAAAUCCAAUGUCUAACGCUUACGCAAUUAAUUUAGAGACAAAGAAUUCAAGAAUAGUCACAUUUUGGGAUCGAGUAAAGAAUCAAUUUUGGGCUCAUUACGGUAACUACAGAUUUUACAAAUAUACAGAAGAAUAUCAAACUAUGGCAAUGAGAAAAUAUUUAAGUCCGGAUAUUCCAAAUAUAAGAGAAAUUGAGAAGAAGACAUCUCUGCUUCUAGUCAACGCGUAUCAGAGUUUUUUUGGUAUACGACCUUUAAUUCCUGCUGUGGUCCAAAUUGCUGGCAUUCAAAUUGAACUCAGUGAAACAAAAAUUACACCGGAGUUAAAAAUUUGGAUGGAUGAAAGUACUCACGGUGUAGUAUUUUUUACUCUGGGAUCAAUGGUAAUUAUCGAAGAUUUUCCAAAAGAAAUUUUAUUAGGACUCUAUGGGGCUUUUGCGAAAUUAUCACCAAUUCGAGUUCUCAUGAAAAUUGUAAAUAAAGAGAAACUACCUCCAGGUUUGCCGAAAAAUGUCUUGACAAUGUCAUGGAUUCCUCAGAUUCCAGUUUUAAGACACAAAAAUACGAAAGUAUUUAUGACUCAUGGAGGGUUAAAUAGCGCUCAAGAAGGCCUCUAUUUUGCUGUGCCAAUGAUUGGCUUUCCUUUAUUUGGUGAUCAGCCAUUAAAUAUUCGUCUGCUUGCUGACAAAAAUGUCGCUUAUGAAAUGGAUUAUAGGGAUAUUACAGAAAAAUCUGUGAAUAAUGCUUUGCGUGCUGUUCUUUAUGAUCCUAAGUAUCAAGAAGCUGCAAAGCGUGAAUCUCAACUGUUUCGAGAUCGACCAAUGAAUGCAACGGAUACAGCAGUUUUUUGGAUCGAGUACAUUAUAAGAAACGGUGCAAAUUCUUUACGAUCACCAUCAAUGGACAUGCCUUGGUGGAAAGCCGAACUAGUCGAUGUUUACCUCUUUUUUUUCAUUUCAAUUCUUUUAAUAAGUUACAUAAUUUUUCUUAUUUUAAUGAAAAUUUCUUGUCUAAUUCGCAGUAUUUUAAAUCCUAAUUCUCAAAAUCAUAGGAAAAAGGAUUAAAAUGUAUAUAUUUUGAUAGAACAAUAUUAAGUCUAUUUUAACAUCAUAUUUAUUGAAAUUGUAAUAAAACUUUUUUAUUUAAAAAACAGAUGUUUAGUUUUUUAAAAGUUAAUAAACAAUAAUCGAAACCACUA